GCCCAGUUGUAUUACUACUAUUCCAGAUAUUUUCAUUUUUACUGAUUUAAUUAUUGGUUGGAGAGUGCAUCCACUUCCCCAUUUUCCUCCUAUUUCAAGAUGAUUCAUCAUCGUUUCUAAUCACCCUCACAGAUCUUACUCCAAUUCGAUUUCACUAUGAAACUUCUUCACAAUUUUCCAGCAAUGUUAUAACAGACGCAAUUCUCUUGCCAUCAAAUCCCAGCUUAUUUUCUUCAUUUCCAAUUUGAAGAACAACUUUCGCAAUCCCUUCAGAAUUUCUUGCAAAGUCGAAUACCAUCACAAACAUCAAUUUACAGCAACCCACUCCCACCCAUAAUCUGGAGAAAUCAAUUUAUUUCACAAGAGGACUUACAGAAGAGGAUACUUAGGAUUCUGAUCAACUCGGUUUAAUUGUUUGGAUUAUCAGCAAUCAAAUUGAGCAGCUGGUGGUGACGUGCGAUGCUGAGGAAAGGUUGUUCCUGUGAUAUUGAAGAACGCUAUGUUUUACUUCUGCUAAAAUAAAUUCACUUGGUGAAUACAAUCUGAUGCGCAACUAUGUUGAUACUUUUAGAUUGAUUUAAUUUGAAUUCCAUUUUCCAUCGUUUUCCCUAGCAAUUGAUAUCUCGCAUAUAUUAUAUGCCUAGUACGAAAUGUUGUUUUUAGUAUAACGUCGUACUUGUUGUCUUUUAAAUACAACAUAUUUUUUGAUUAAUGAAAUGAUGACCGACUCUAAGGGUGCAUUACCGAUUUAAUUAAGUAAAGCCUAAUAGUCCUGCUCAUUUCUUAUUCUCCCGGAAAAUCGGAGCUGUUACAAAUGAUAUUAGAGCAAAAGUUCUUGGUUCUGAGACCUCUAGUUCUUUGAUGUCUAAGCUACACAGCAAUCUCAGCUCGCCUUCACAUCGCUCUCAAGUAAGAAAGGGGCUGAUUUGUCUUUCAAAUUGGAAAACUAUAAAAAGGGGCCCGAAAGCAACUGUCAGCUCCGGUGAUAGACUGAGGAGCGAGCUGAAUGGGACUGGGAGCGCGCAGCUCCGCUUCCGACACCUCUUCAACCACCACCACACGGCUCAAGAGAGAGGAUUUCCGGCGCACCAAACACGACUCUGCUUUCUCCCAAUGGAAGAUCCUAAUAGGAGCCUUUGAUUGGGAAGAUUAUUCGAUGGGAAAAGAAGGAGUAGAAAGGUAUAGGACAGAAAACCUCCCAAACUGGACUUCAUGUCCAGGAGUUUAUGAGCUUGGGAUUGCUACAUCACGCCCACAAUCUGGAAGGGAAACCAGAAAGCUGGACUCAAGUUCUGUCAUUCCCGUUUAUCUUGGACAGGCCGAUAAUCUUAGGAACCGACUGCAGCAGUAUGGCCGUGAUGGUGCCCAUUUGGAAAAUGGAUAUACAAGUAGCAAAACUGUUAGUUGUCAAAGUAUUUCUUCUCAUAAGGGACCUGGAUUAUUUACAGAUAUAUUCUCAAGAGGGCUGCCAAUCGUUUAUAGAUGUGCUCCUAUAAAAAGUAAGAAUGAUGCAGAGAUAACUGAGAAACAGCUGCUUGACAAAUUUGAUUAUGCAUGGAAUAAAGGCAGCAAUGUUUCACGCCGCCAAGAUGAUAUCCACAAAAAACUUGAACGUCUUGAAAAAACGUCCAAGUUUUCUCUUCUUGCAAAAGAGUUUCUUUUCUCCAACAAGAGGGAAGUGGGCAUUAAAAUCAGAAACGGCUCUAAUAUGAAUGGAACUGGUAAUAGUACAAUAUUCUCUAGAAUACAUGGAGUUAGGAGGUUGCAGGAAACACCAAUGCACUCUGGUUAUGGUGAUUGUGGUGAUAAUAUUUGUGGAGUUGCCACCGGCCAUGGAUCUGUUUGCACUUCACCACCUGUUGCAGGAAGAAAACGAUGUGCUGUGCACAAAGGACUGAGAGUCAACGGCUACAAUUCAAAGUUGGCUACAGAAGGAAAACUCCCUCUUGCUGCCAACCCAAAAUCUGGUGUAGAAACUUAUCAAGAGUAUUCUGAUAAUCAAGAUCAGAAACAGAGAUAUAUCACAGAGAACCAUCAUCCUUGUGAGCAAACCUCCGGCAAAAAGUUUAACCUCACUUGUGGAAUUAUCUUGGAAGACGGCUCUCCUUGUAAAAGAAGUCCUGUUCGAGGAAAUAAAAGGUGUUUGGAGCAUAAAGGAAGGAGGAUCCGCAGAUCCAACCUAAGCUUCCAAACGAAGAAUUAUGAGAACAUUGCAUAAUGAUCAGUCGACUGAGCUAACCAAUGCAAAUUCUUCGACUCCCAAGCUCUGGUAGACAGCUGAUUGUAAGCAAGAUUGAUGACAUUACAUACCAGGUUGAUGCAGGAAUGGAAAGGUUCGUAUUGAGAAAGAAGAUAUGAAGGCGAAGGGUCCACCUUUGAGGUUUCCUAUGCCAUAUUCGUGUGUGUUUUUACUGAAGAUGAUCCUAGAAACUGUAUAUGAAGAUGAGAGAGAGCCAUUCGAAGCUGCAAAAUAAAAUAAGCACUUAAACUGGUUUCGUAUUGUGCAACAUUUGCCCAUUCUGACAAUAGCUAUGGCUAAUUUGAAGGGUGUUGUCAUGUAUUAUGAAUGAGUAAAUACCACAAUAUGUUGUAUUUAAUUGUAACAAAUUUGUUGUAUUAGAAAAAGAAUAAGGUUUGUUUC